UGAACUGAACGCCAAGUCAGAACAGCUCCGAACUACGUCCAGAGCACAACUUCAGCGACAUUUUUGUGUAGGCCCCUUUUUUGUUCACACUCGGUUUUGAGUACUAGUAUUGGGAAUCGUGGUGGCAGAGAUAGUGGAAGGCUGCGUGAGGACUCUCUUGUUCAUCGACAGGAGUCGUCCAAGUUGAAAAAAAAAGUUCCCGUCUUCAAGUGUACUAACGAGAAAACUCAGUCGCCAAGAUGCACAGCAAACCAGUAAAGAUAGAACAGUCGUCGGAUACAAGAAGGAAGAACCCGAAGGCGGAUUCAGCCAAGACUCCCAUUGCAGUCGUCGGUAUUGGAUGCCGCAUGCCUGGAGGUGUCGACUCGCCCAAGGCAUUCUGGGAUGCCCUGGUACAGGGUGAGGACAUGAUCAGUGAGGUGCCUCCAGACAGAUGGUCCUUGGAAACCUUCCAUGAUCCUGACCAGUCCAACCACAGCAAGAUGGUGACGAGACGAUGUGGCUUCAUCCAUGGCAUAGACAAGUUUGACAACACCUUCUUCAAGAUUUCACCUCGUGAGGCAAGCUCCAUGGACCCCCAGCAACGCCACAUCCUUGAGGUCACCUACGAGGCUUUUGAGGAUGCAGGAAUCAUCCCAAACACUUUGGGAGAAUCCUGCGGUGUCUACAUCGGUGUUGGCAUGAUGGAUUAUACCGUCGUGCUGCUGGAUACAUCAAUCAUCAACCCAUACACACUCACGGGUAUAGCACACUCUUCCAUUGCCAACCGAAUCUCCUACGCCUUUGACCUCCGCGGCCCGUCCUACGCUGUAGACACCGCCUGUGCUUCGUCUAUGACAGCUAUGCACAGUGCCUGCAAGGCAAUCUGGGAUGGCGAGUGCAUAACUGCUGUUGCAGGGGGCUGCAACAAUCUACUCAUCCCUGAGGGCACUGUUGGUUUCAGUGCUCUGGGCGUCUUAUCUCCAGAAGGAAAGUGCUGUCCAUUCUCUGACACGGCCAAAGGCUACGUAAGAAGCGAGGGGUUUGGCGUCUUUAUCUUAAAACCACUUGACAUAGCACUGGCUGACAAUGAUCAUAUCUAUUCCGUCAUCCGUGGUACUGCCAUAGCAGCGAAUGGUUUCAGUAAGAGUCUCACCAUGCCCUCAGCAGCUGCCCAAGAGAUGGUGAUGAAGAAUGCCUAUGAACGCUCAGGUGUGCCACUGUCUUCUGUUCGGUACGUUGAGGCACAUGGCACAGGAACACCUGUAGGCGACCCUAUAGAAGCUGGUGCUAUCGGGCGCACCUUUGGCCACCUUAAGGACACCCCAGUCAAAAUUGGAUCUGUGAAGAGCAACUUUGGUCACAGCGAGUGUGCUGCCGGAAUCACAGCAGCUAUCAAAGUAGCUCUUAUGUUAGAGAAAAAUAUGCUCGUUCCAACCAUCAACUUCUCAAAUGCCAACCCUAACAUUGACCUUACAGAACUCAACCUCGAGGUCCAGACACAACUGGAGGCAUUGGAGAGCAACCCAGACGAGGAAAGUGACCAAGAUGAAGCAUGCACCAUUGGCCUGAACAGCUUUGGAUUUGUUGGAGCAGUUGCACACAUGAUCUUCCAGAAGGGACCGAAAGCAAACAAGAAGGUCUUAGAGUUAGAAUCAGUCGGCUGGAAGUUUGGUUAUGAGAGGGUUGGCCAGUCAAUCAUCCUCCCGCUUUCUGCGAAGUCGAGGGAAGCUCUGAAGGAUCUUGCCAAGAGGUGGUUGGAAUUUGAAUGUGACAAAGAUGCUCUGACUGUAACAUCAUGGCAGGCAACCCGGAGAGACCAUCACACAUACCGGUUGGCAGUCAUUGCUGACUCUACUGUUUCCUGCAGACAGAGCCUCGAUGGGUUUCUUAAAGAUUCUGGGUCUGAAGCUGUAGUGACUGGAACAGCUCCUCAAGAAAAGCCUAAGGUUUGCUUUGUUUUUCCCGGCCAAGGCCAGCAGUGGGAGGACAUGGGUCGUAAACUCUACAGGUGUGAGCAGGUUUUCAGGGAAACUAUCAACAGUUGUGACAUUAUCUUCAAGAAAAUGUCUGGGUGGUCAUUACUGGAAUCUUGCGGCUUGUUUAAUUGUGCCCCUGUCAACGUACACAACUCCCCAUAUAAGUCAGUUAGCAAUGCGCUUAGUCAAGUAGAAGUCAUCCAGCCUGCCAUCAUGUUCAUUCAGGUGGCACUGUAUCAUCUCUGGAGGCACUGGGGAGUACAACCCGAUGUUGUGGUCGGGCACAGCCUUGGGGAGAUCUCUGCAGCCUAUGCAAGUGGUGGCCUGAACCUAGAAGAAGCCGUGGCUGUCAUCUAUCACCGAAGCCACGAACAAGCAAAGCAAGAGGGAACAGGUAGAAUGGCUGCACUGCGAGCCACCAAAGAACAAGCAGAGAAGAUCUGUCAGGAGCACCAGAAUCUCUACAUAGCAGCAGUCAAUGCACCUGGUGCAAUCACUCUAGCUGGAAACGGAGACGUCAUCGCCACUGUGGUUGAGCAAAAUCCUGGAAAGGCCAAACAGCUCCGGGUGACUUGUGCCUUCCAUACUCCAGAGAUGGACUCAAUCAAGGAGCCAUUUUCCAGGGCCAUGGAAGGUGUUGUCAAGAGUGAACCUGGGAAGAGGGAUGUUCCCUACUACUCCACCGUGACUGGCGAAUACUACGACGGCAGUUUUGGCACUGACUACUGGUGGAGCAACAUCCGAGGUGCUGUACUCUUUCAGCCUGCCAUUGAAGCUGUGCUACAAGAAGCCAAGGCUGAUGUCUUUCUUGAGAUUGCAGCCUCAAAUACAUUGUUGUCCUCGGUAAAACAGAUUGCCCGCGGUUUGGAUCCCAAACACCCACCUGUCACCGUCAACUCCAGCCUGCGAGACAAAGAUGAUCUGCAGAGUAUCCAAAGAGCAGUGGGAACCCUCUAUACAAACGGAGUUCCUCUAAACUGGGCCACAAUAACUCAUGAAUCAGCUGAGUGGGCACCGCUUCCAACAUAUCCAUGGCAGCAUCAGUCAUUCUGGUUGGAGACAGAGGAGAGACAGAAGCGACGCCUUGGUUUGGAUGACCGCACCUUCAAAGGACAGAGUGGCAACCUCUCCUUGGAGAUGUUCCCCUUUUUGGCUGAUCAUGUUGUGGGAAACAGAAUCAUAUUUCCUGGGGCUGGUUACAUUGAGUACAUGACACAGAUGACUUUCGAGGAGACUGAAAAGCCAGCUCUUACGAACAUCAACUUCACCCGUGUUCUACCAUGGCCAGAAGAUGCAGACUUCAAGAAGUCCACCCUGAAAAUAAGUCUGGUGAAAGAUGGUGCGGGGAUGCAAGUGACCUGUGAUGGAAAUGUACACAGCAAUGCUCAGCUAGAUUGUCCCAUGGCCGAUUCAAAAAAAUGUCUCCCUCUUGAGAAGAUAAUGAAGAGGUGCUCUACUGAGGUAACUGGGCAAGAGUUUUAUUCCAGGCUCCAAGGCAUUGGUCUGAGCUACGGACCCGCUUUCCAGAUGGUGGAAAAGAUGUUCCUUGGAGAUGGCGAGGCACUCGCUGUACUUCAUCCUGUUCCUGACAACAAAGAGAGAGUUCAAGUAGCUCAUCUGGAUGCAACUUUCCAACUGGCUUUGGCUGCCGUAGGCUCUAGCUCCGCUAUGUACCUGCCAGUACACAUCGACUCUUUUGAGUUAUCCAGGGAGUCUUUGCCGUCUGGAGAACCCAUUCUUGCUUACACAAAAUUCAUCGACUGUGACACAAUGAUUCUCACAGCAGAUAUUACCAUGGCUACUGAAAAAGGCGAAAUCUUGGCAAGUUUGAAAGGUUACCGAGGGCAAAACUUCAACGGCAACCAGUCAGAUGUUCCCAUCGAAUCGUGCAUCUAUACUACCCAGUGGCAACCAGCAUCAGCCAGUACACUGCCAACAUCAGUCCUCAAAGAUGUUUUUGAGGAGAGUAAUCUUCGCCUGGUAUAUGGGUCUGAGAUGAAUGCCAUUGAUAGAGCUGAGAAAUGUCUCGAAGAUAUUGAGGCAGUCUGCGUGUCUUACAUCCGAAACGCCCUGGAAACAGUCCCUCAAGAUGAGCGGGCGCAGGGAAAGAGCUACAGUAAAUACAUCAAUCUAUUUAACAGUAUCGCUGAGAAAGCCAACUGUAAAUGCAUCGUGUACAAGGACAUCCCUGCAGUCUUACAGAAGAUCCUCAAAGACGUUCCUGAGUUUGAGGCAGAGAUGAACCUGAUGAUGCUUCUUGGCGACGCUCUUCCUAACACUCUACGUGAUCCGCAACUUGCCGUUUCCCUCAUGUUCAGUGCUGAAGGUCUAGAACGCUAUUUCUAUGAUUCACUCAGCACAAGAAUCUACUACAAAGCUGGAGCUGAAGCAGUUGUCAGGGCUGUCCAAGAAGCUGCUAAGCACAAGAAGGUUGUCAGGGUUCUGGAGCUUGGGGCUCGCUUUGGCGGUCUGACUCGCUUCAUUGUGGAACCACUCAAGGACAUGGGAGCUGAAAAGAAGAUGGAGUACUUCUUUACUGAUGAUAGUGCCAACUUUUUUCCACAAGCUCAAAGAAAUCUCCACGAGUUCCCAUUUAUUAAGUACAAACAGCUAAGCCUUGAGAAAGACAUCAGGGACCAAGGAUUUGUUCCUGGCAGCUUUGAUGUUGUAGUCUGCUUGGACACCCUGCAUGCGGCGGUUGAUGUUCAGCGAAGCACGGCUUUCAUGACCGACCUACUCAGUGCUGAUGGCCUCAUGUUCAUCAUGGAGGGCACCAACACACACUAUAUGAGUGAGCUUUUGUUUGGGGUUAUGGAUAUCUGUUGUGCGUUCGAUGACUUUCGUAAGGAGCGUUGCUGGAUGGAUCGGGAAGGCUGGUUGGACACCAUGGAAAAAGCUGAUCUCAAAGAUACCAUAUCAGCCUCCUCACCCAACGAGUUCUUCCACUCUGUGUUUGUUGGAAGAAAGCCUUCAGUCUCCGAAAGAAAUCAAGAAAUAAUCCAGCAGGAUAAGCUCUUCGUAGUACGAGACGGCAACAACAAGUUCUCAUCAGUUUUCCUUCCUAACUACCACGGUGAAGUCGAGAUUAGCAACUUCUCUGAAGCUAAGUCUCUUGAUCGUAUGUUCAGUGAGCACACUGAUUCCCCAAUGGAGGUGAUGUACAUCUACAGUGAAGAAGACUCCAAGCUUCACGCCCUGCUGAAACUCUUCCAAGCGGUGGAAUCAUAUCCCGAGGUUGUCAAGCGAAUGUGGGUUGUGACAAAGGGAGGGAAUAUGGAUUCAGCUUUUCCGAAUGGUUCCCUGGCAGUUGGUUUGACUCGAGCUGUCAGUAAUCAGAUUCCAGGUGUGCCAAUCUUCUCUGUAGAUUUUGACCAACAACCUUCUUUACAAGAAAAUGUCCAGGUAAUGCUCAAGCUGAUGAAUGAUCACGAUCUUGGAGAGCGAGAGAUUGUUAUCCGCAAGAAGGAGAGGUUUGUCCCUCGAGUUAUGCAUCAAGAUUUGAGCACAGGCAAUACAAUACAGUCUAUGAAGUGGCGUGUGGAGCAGGAUCUAAGAGGCCAAGCUGGUAAAGGGGCUUCCAUUGAUGAUCUUGCCUUUCAUGAUGCUAAUGAUUUUGAAGUUCCGCCAGGCCAUGUCAAGAUUAGAGUCAAGGCAGCUCCUCUCAAUUUCAAAGAUGUCAUGAUGGCUCUUGGUCUUCUUGAGGGAUUGGAUGAUGAGACACACCCAUCCUUUGGUCUUGAGUGUGCAGGAGUUGUAGAAGAAGUUACAUCUGGGGCACAUGGCUUUAAAAUUGGUGAUGAGGUUAUAGCAUUUGGAAAAAGCUGUUUUGCCUCCCAUUUGAUCUGUGAUUCCAGGUUGACUGCCUUAAAACCAGAAAACCUCAACUUCGUAGACAGUGCAAGUGUUGGUGUGGUUUUUGUGACUGCAUACCUCUGCCUGGUCGAACGAGCCAAUCUGCAGAAGGACGAAACUGUUUUGAUUCACUCAGCUUGUGGAGGAGUCGGUCAAGCGGCCAUUCAGAUUGCACAAAUGAUUGGAGCCAAGAUCAUCUGCACUGCCGGUACAGAGGAGAAGAGGAAUUAUCUACAGAGGCAGCUUGGCAUUGAGAUGGUCAGUGACUCCAGAUCUUCCCGUUUCUAUGAUGAUGUAAUGAAGUGGACCAAAGGUAGGGGUGUGGAUGUCAUCCUCAAUUCCCUAUCUGGUAAGCUGCUUCAAAUGGGUACCACUCUGCUGGCUCCUGCUGGAAGAUUUUGUGAGAUUGGUAAGAGGGACAUCCUGCAGAAUUGUAAUCUCCCUAUGGGAUUCUUCCUGGAGAACAAGGUCUUCCACUCCUGCCAAGUAGACGUCAUGAUGAAGCAGCAACCAGCAAUAAUUCAGAACAUCAUGCAGAAGGUCAUUCACCUCUUUGACGAAUCUAAGCUGAAGCCUAUUCCGGUCACAGUCCAUUCUAUCAAGGAACUCAAGGAAACAUUCAGAACAAUGUCAAAGGGUUCCCACAUUGGUAAGAUUGUCUUUGAAGUACCUGAAGAUUUCCAACCUGCUGCACUGAAGCCAUCGUUGAGCCAGUUCAGAUCUAAUGCUACCUACAUAAUCACUGGUGGCUUUGGAGGCAUUGGGCAGGCUCUCUCCAGAUGGCUAUGCCAGAAUGGUGCCAAGCACAUUGUUCUCGUCUCACGAAGAGGGGCUCAGACCGCAGCUGCCGAAAGAACAUCAAAGUACCUGAAACGCAACAAGGUUAACAUCUAUGAGUUUGCACUUGACAUAUCCAGCAAAAACAGCGUGGCAGCGAUGUUGGAGAAGCUCCGAGAUGACAAGGAGGUUCCUCCUCUCAGAGGCAUCUUCCACUUAGCAGGAGUCAUCGAGGAGGAAGAUCUAUCAGAGAUGACAUCUCAUCAGAUGUCCCGAAUCCUUGGUGCAAAAGCAACAGGGGCUAGAAUCCUCCAUGAACUGACUCAAGAGGACAAACUGGACAUCUUCUUCAUGCUGUCUUCAAUCUCUACAACCUGGGGUCAUCAAGCACAGCCAGUCUACUGCGCCGCUAACGCCUACCUUGACGCUUUGGCUGAGAAGCGACAAAGAAGCGGACUACCUGCAUUGUCGGUUCAGUUAGCUCCCAUUAAAGGAGCUGGGUACUUGGAGGACAAGGAGGAGACUGUCAAGGUUCUAGCCAUGAAGGGGAAGCACCAGCUGUACGUGGAUGAGUUCCUUGCUGUGCUUGGUCAGCUCCUCCCACGGCGGGAUCUUCCAUGUGUCUGCCUGGCAAACCAGGAAUGGGGAGCCACACAGCAGUUCUGCCACAAGGAUAUGCUGAAAUUCCACCACCUAGCAGUGCCCAACUCCAAGUCAUCCGGCGGGGAGGCUCGUGUCCUGGAUGCUGCGGACCUGGAAGCCAGCAUCAAAUCCAAGAUGGCUGAACUUCUGUGCAUGUCGGAGGAAUCCAUUGACGUUAGCCAGCCCAUGGUGAUCUAUGGCGUGGACUCACUGGUUGCCUUGGAGAUGGUGAACUGGGCGACCAAUCAGUUGGGAUUAUCCAUCUCUCAGUUCGAUAUCUUAGGAGGUCUCACAACGGCCGCUUUUCUGGACAAGGCAAAGGAAGUAAACUAAAUUGAACGCAUUGCCAUUUACAAUAUGCAGACCAAAUAAACAGUGAUGUCAAUAUUUCUUUUCCAAGGCAUAAUUGUUUUGGGUUUGUAUAAUACUUCAACAAAAUCCAAAUUAACUCCUGAAAAAAAAUUACUUCUAUUUAUUCAUCAGACAACUGACGCACAAAUACUGGGAAAACACACUACUGAAAGAAAAAAAACAGAAUUAAAUUCAACGAAAUUCCAAAUUAACUUCUGAAAAAAAAUUACUUUUAUUUAUUAUCAGACAACUGACGCACAAAUACUGGGAAAACACACUACUGAAAGAAAAAAAACAGAAUUAAAUUCAGAUUAUCACUACUUUUAUAUAGAAACUUUUACUUUUUUCCCAUAGAGCCAAGAUGUACAUACAUAAGUAAUGUAUUUUUACAGAAUUGUCAGCACAGGAGGUAUGAUGAAAAAAGGCCCAAGACAAAUUGUAAAGCUUUCAGUUUUGUAAAAAACUUUGAAAUGCACCUUUGUGUCCAAAUUUCUGUAUUUUCAUUCAUUGUUUUACCUCUGUGAAUAUCUGUUGUAAUGCAGAGUUUUUGUAAGCAAAUUUCUGAUUUUUGAGCAGAAAAGUGAUGUCUUGUUGAGGCUUAUUUUUUUAAUUCCAUCUACUUCUCAUCAAAGGAACCGAAAUUUGUAUAUAAAAGUGGCCAUUUGUCAUAUUUAAAGUGUUUCUUUAAGUGUAUUGUUUUAAUCAAUACACACUUUUGGCAUAUGUAAAGAAUGUAUCUAACCUGAUGAGUGUAGUAUCCUUCACGUCCUUAGUUGUUCAAAAAUAGCCAAGAAAUCAUGUUCACAUAAAUUAUCUUACCACAAUGGGUGUCUCAUUGUUGGACUAUAUUUGUAGUUCUUGGGUGGAUACAAAAAAAAGCAUUGUUGUAAUUUCGGUUUGAUGGAUUUCUCUGAAUACACGUUUUUACCCUGAAUACACGUUUUUACCUUGGUCUUCAAUUUAUUUAAAGUGUUUCUGUCAUUGUUUUUUUCUGUAACUGUAUUACUUGUGUAAUUGUUAUGAGGCAUUUAAAUAAAAAAUAACAAUUUGCUCUGCCAUGGUGGACCUCAAUAUUACCCAACUGAAUUUGAACAAAUCUUACACAACUUACAAAGGAUUAUGUCUUACAUGUAUGUCAAUUGAGUUUGAAGUAUACGUACUUCACUUGUUUUAUAAUAGUUGUGAAACAAUGUGUCUAACAUGUAUGUCAAAUGAGGUUAUAGUUUACUUCAUGUGUUUUAUGAUAGUUUUGAAACAAUGUGUCUAACAUGUAUGUUGAAUGAGUUUAUAGUUUACUUCAUUUGUUCUGUAAUAGCUGUGAAACAAUGUGUCUUAUGUCAAAAUAAUGAGUUAAUAGUUUAUUUCACAUGUUUUAUAAUAGUUGUGGAACAAUGUGUCUUACAUGUAUGUCAAAUGAGUUUAUAGUUUACUUUAUGUGUUCUGUAAUAGUUGGGAACAAUGUGUCUUACAUGCAUGUCAAAUGAGUUUAUAGUUUACUUCAUUUGUUCUGUAAUAGCUGUGAAACAAUGUGUCUUAAAUGAAUGUCGAAAUAAUGAGUUAGGCCUAAUAGUUUAUUUCACAUGUUUUAUAAUAGUUGUGGAACAAUGUGUCUUCCAAGUAUGUCAAAUGAGUUUAUAGUUUACUUAAUGUGUUCUGUAAUAGUUGGGAACAAUGUGUCUUACAUGCAUGUCAAAUGAGUUUAUAGUUUACUUCAUUUGUUCUGUAAUAGCUGUGAGACAAUUUGUGUCUUAAAUGAAUGUUUAAGACACAAGUCUUAAACAUUUGUUCUGUAAUAGCUGUGAAACAAUGUGUCUUAUGUCAAAAUAAUGAGUUAAUAGUUUAUUUCACGUUUUAUAAUAGUUGUGGAACAUUGUGUCUUCCAAGUAUGUCAAAUGAGUUUAUAGUUUACUUUAUGUGUUCUGUAAUAGUUGUAAAUCAAAGGAUAGACCUAUAUUUACAUUGGACAUAGUUAAUCUAUUUUAUAGACCUAUAUUUACAUUGAACAUAGUUAAUCUAUUUUAUAUCAAUAGUUGUUUCCAUGUCUUUUUAAUUGCAGAAAUAAACAUGUGAUGUGUAGUUGGUUUCAUA